AUGGAAUCUGAUAAAGGCGAAGGUGAAGGUGCCGAGUUUGUGGAGAGCCACAGGGCGGAACUAAUCCAAAGGGUUUCCGUGGUGAUGCCAUUGGCUGACGACCUGCUCCAGAGGAAGAUGAUCAAGGAAGAGUUAUACGCCCGUAUCAAGGCGAGCAUGACUCCUCAAGACCAGAUGAGAGAGGUGUACAGUGCCCUGAAUGCUGGGGGGGCCAGAGUCAAAUCAGCCUUUUACACUGUCCUCCAGCAGAAAGAACCAUACUUGGUUCACGAGCUGGAAGAGUCCAGUGUCGAUGCUAAAGUGAAAAGAUCAGGAGCGGGGCUUCGUAAAGUCAAAGAGAUGCUGAAGGCCACUUUAAAAGACAAGUAUUCCUGCAUCUACGAGGGAACUACCAAGGAGGGUGACAAAGUGUACUUCAACGACAUCUACACCCAGCUGCACAUGGUCAUGAGCACUGGGGGAGAGGCUUCAGACGACAUGAAAGAGCUGGGGUCAGAUGACCUGCAGGAGACGUCCCUGUCCUUCCAGGAUCUGUUUGGAGGGAAAGAGAAGAAGAAGCAUAUCCGACUGGUCCUGACAGAGGGAGUUAGUGGGGUAGGGAAGAGUGUUGCUGCCCAGAAGUUUGUCCUCGAUUGGGCGGAAGGGAAAGGAAACCAGAAAUUGGACUUAAUUUUUCUAAUCCCCUUCUACAAGCUUAACAGCAGUGAGGAUAUGCGAGGAGAAGUGGUGGAGAAGAAGAGUCUCAUGAACCUGCUCCAUCUCCUGUUCCCUGACACUGUACCUUUGCAGUCCCUGGAAGGGAAUAAAGAGAAGAUUAGAGUACUUUUCAUCCUGGAUGGAUUGGACCAGAGCAGACUUUGUCUAGACUUCAACAACAACGUUCUAUCUGCUCAAGUAAAUGACGUCAACAAGCCGGCCACAGUUGAAGUCAUCAUCACCAACCUUCUCAAUGGCAACCUCCUCCCUAGCGCCCUCAUCUGGGUCAUAUCACGACCCCCCGCAGCCAAAGCCAUACCGCGCCGUCAUGUAGACCAGUGGAUAACAGUGCAAGGCUUCCGCGAAAGAGAAAUCAAAGAGUAUUUCGAAAAGAGGAUCUCUGACCCGGCCCAAGCAGAGAGAGUGCUGUCUGACAUCCAGACAUCUCGCUGCCUCUAUAACAUGUGUCACAUCCCUUUCUUCUGCUGCAUCAUAUCCACGUUUUUGCAUAAGAGACUUGGGAAGCCAAAUGGGAUUGAGAAAGAAAGCGAGAAAAAGGGAGAAUUAAGGAAAACCGUGGAGACCCCUACCAAUCUGACAGAAAUGUACAUUCGCUUCUUCGUAGCUCUCAUUGAUAAGACCACUGAGACUUUGCCCCGCCCCCAAACAGGAAGUGUUGACAGAAGGAAGAGUAGCACAAUAAGAGCAAUAAGUGCCAUAAUACCGGGCCCAGGAAUUUCUGACACAGACACAGUCCUGCUCCGUCUGUGUAAGCUGGCUUGGCAGCAGCUUCAGAACGGUCAGCUGGUAUUCAAGGAAAAGGCGCUGACUGAGGCCGGGCUGGUCGGUAGCGAAGUGGCCGUAUUCUCUGGGGUUCUGCUGGGUGUCCGGGACAAGUACCGCUUUGUCCACUUCAGCCUGCAAGAGCUGCUAGCGGCAAUAUACGUUCAUUACUCACAUCGACAACUCAGACAAAACUUACUGAACAAAGCCCUGAUCACACAGUGUGUGAGCUUUUUAAGCCGGUCAGAGUUCAAGUUCCACAAGGCGGCAAUCAAAAAGUCUCUACGCAGCCCCACUGGCCACCUGGACCUGUUCCUUCGCUUCUUGUUGGGCCUCUCAUUUAAGACCAAUCUGGAGCUCCUGCAAGAGCUCCUGCCAGAGGAGGAUUGGAGGGAGGACAUGGAGGAAGGCGUGGAGAGAACGGUGAGGUACAUCCAGCUGCGUUUAGGUGGGAAGAAAGGAGGCGUGCCGCAGCAGAGAUGCGAGAACCUUUUCCUCUGCCUGAGAGAGCUGGGAGACACAUCGCUAGCAGUGAAGCUGCAGGAAUACUUGAAUUCAGGGGUGUCUGAGAGAGACAUUACACCGUCGCAGUGGGCGGAGUUUGUGCAAUCUCUGAUGACCUCUGAUGACCCAUUGGAAGAGUUCGACCUUAAGAAGUACAUCCCUUCCCAAGCUGUUCUGCACAGACUUCUUCCUUUGGUCCAACAGUCUAAGCGGGUCCUACUCAACCGCUGCAAGCUGAAAGAGCAGUGCUGCAAAUCUCUCGCCUCAGUUCUCAGUUCCAAUAUUUCCCACCUGAUGGAGCUGGACUUGAGUGACAACAACCUGCAGGAUUCUGGAGUGAAGCUGCUUGCUGCUGGAUUAGAGAGUCCACAAUGUAAACUCCAGACAUUAAGGCUGAUUUAUUGUGACCUGAAAGAUAAGUCUUGCAAAACAUUGGCCACAGUUCUCUGCUCCAACUCCUCCCACCUGAAAAACCUGGACCUGAGUGAUAAUGAUCUGCAGGAUUCCGGAGUGAAGUCGUUAUCUGCUGGGCUGAAGAAUUCAGUCUGUACACUGGAGACACUAGGCUUAUCGUUGUGUAGAGUUACAGAGGAAGGCUGUGCUUCUCUGGCCUCCGCUCUGAAGUCCAACCCCUCUCAUCUGAGAGAUUUGGACCUGAGCUAUAAUCACCCUGGAGACGAAGGGAAGAAGCAACUUUCAGAAUGUCAACUGGAAAACCUCAGUGUGCUCCAUGAUGGAAAAUGCAGGCUGAAAACUGGGCCUCAAAAAUAUUUCUAUAACCUGACCCUUGACCCCAACACUGCCAACCAGAAGUUCUCAUUGUCUUCGGGGGACAAGAAGGCGACGGGGGGUAGUGAGAAGCUGCCCUACCCUGACCACCCAGAAAGGUUUGACCACUGGGGACAAGUGAUGUGUAGAGAGAGUCUGACCAUGCGCAGCUACUGGGAGGUAGAGUGGACUGGGGAGAAGGCUAGCAUGGGAGUGGCUUACAAAGGGAUUGGUAGGACAGGACAGGGUCGUGACUGUGGACUGGGGUAUAACAACAUGUCCUGGAGUCUGGUCUGCUCUAACAAAACUUACACUGCCUGGCACAAUAAUAAGAACAUUACCAUAAGUGUCAAAUCCCCCAACCAAAAAAUGGGAGUGUUUCUUGACUGGCCAGCUGGCACUCUGUCUUUCUAUGCAAUCUCCUCUAAAAAACUGACCCUUGUGCACAAGUUUGAAUCCACAUUUACUGAGCCCCUCUACCCAGGCUUUGGGCUAGGGCUGGAGUCGUCUUUGUACCUAAGCCAGUUGGAUUAGCCUCCAGUCUCCUGGGACAGAAGUGGUGUGUGUCAUUUUUUUACUGUCAUAUUGAGGAAAAAAUGUCCACAUUUUCUUGUCCUCAUUGUGAAGAAGGCAAUUUUUUGUUUGGAGCAAAAAUUUAAAUUGGGGUUAGGGUUAUAAUGAUGGUUAGGCAUUUUCAGUCAGCUUUAGGGUUAGGCAUUAGGGCUAGGUUAAGUUUAGAUGUAAAUGUUGGGUUAUUGAGGUAAAGAUUACUGUAUGGUUAAGGUUAGGGUUACAGUUAGGGAACAUGG